AAUCAUUGAAAUCGCCUCCUUAUCUCCUCUCCUCUACCAGUUUCUUCUACUCCUCGCUCUUUAUCUCCUCUCUUUGUCUCCACUUCUUCUCUCCUUGACUCCUAUGCUCUCCUUCACUCUUCAACGUUCUUGUCUCCUCUCCUCUCUUUUCCUCUAUCCUCCCGAUCUUCCCUCCUUAUCUCCCCUCCUCUCCUCUACUUCUCCCCUCUCCCCUCCUUAUCUCCCUGCCUCCUUUCCUUUCCUGGUCUCCUCUCCUUGUCUCCUUCUCUCACCUCCUUAUCUCCUCUCCCUAUAUACCUUACUUAUCUCCUCUCCUCCCCUCGCGGGGCGCUACGUUGAUCCGGGUCCUUCCCAUGGGGGCGUGGUCCGAUGACGUAUGCGUGUUUUUAGCUCAGUUUCCCGGCCAGCCGCACAGCUGUGGGUUCCUCUUCCUCCUCCUCCUCCUCCUCCUCCUCCUCUUCCCCCUCCCCUCCGUGUGUCUCCGGUUGAAGAUGGAGCUCCGCACGGUCCUCCCCGCUCUGCUCUUCCUCUCUGCCGCUUACCUGCAGCCGGAGACCGGUGCGGCUUCGCGGACCGGACCGCGAGUCACCGACAAGGUGUUCUUUGACAUCACAGUAGCAGGUCAGGAGGUCGGACGGAUUGUCGUCGGUCUUUUCGGGGAGGUCGUCCCACUAACUGUCAAUAACUUUGUCGCCCUGGCAACCGGAGAGAAAGGUUACAGCUACAAAGGGACCAAGUUCCACAGAGUCAUCAAAGACUUCAUGAUCCAGGGAGGAGACUUCACGGCCGGAGACGGGACCGGAGGUCACAGCAUCUACGGAACAACCUUUGCAGAUGAAAACUUUAAACUGAAGCAUUUCGGCGCCGGCUGGGUGAGUAUGGCCAACGCGGGUCCCGACACCAACGGGUCGCAGUUCUUCGUCCUGGCUGCCAGAGCGCCGUGGCUGGACGGGAAACACGUGGUUUUUGGCAAAAUCCUGGACGGGAUGUCCGUGGUUCACACCAUCGAGCUCCAGGACACCAACGACUGGAACCUUCCGUACACCGAGUGCGUGAUCAUCAACAGCGGGCGGAUCGCCGUCAAAGAGCCCUUCGUGGUGGAGGUGGAGGGCUGGUAGACGUUAUGGAGUCUCAUGGUCUGAUGAGCAAUCACAAGGACGUUUUGCCAAAUUCACUUGUUCAUAUUAUCACCUUUUGCAUGUUCACGUGAUAAGGGCUCAGUAUACUGCCGAACCUUCUGAUAGAGAAUUCACCGCAUUGAUACCAAAACCU